CUUUAGACAGUGGACGGCGAACAAAAUAGGAGCUGUUUCGUCUUGGGCUGUCGUCUGCUCAAAGUUGUAUUUAAUCGCUGUAAGACGGUAGAAUUCUAUUAUUUAAAAAUCCAGGAUAAAAAUAUUGAGCAUUAGCGCCGAGGUCAAAAUAUUACGACGUAAUUCAGAGACGAAAAUCAGGAUUCGAUGGUUUCGGUUUUAAUUUAUAGGUUAUGUCUGUGAUGCUAGUAUCCUCAGACUCUUUCUACGUAGGGCUCAGGAUGUGCACUCGGUGGCUUGGUGCAGCCACAAGAUCAAUCAAUAAACAAAUCAUUCUACUUGAUGUUAGUAGAAUAACUGGCGCAUCAUUUCCCAAUGAUUUUCAUACAACUGCAGCAAAGGCUGAUGAUUCAUUCAAAAUUCCGCACUGGCUACAGUAUAACAAAAAGAUCUACCCCCCUCAAGCUCUCGACGAAGAACCGAGAAAAGCAUUUGUUUGCCACAUGAAGUCAAACAUCAAGUACCCUCCUAAAAAAAUGUGGUACGUAGCUGUACUUGUUAGGGGAAUGACAGUUGAUGAGGCUGUAAAGCAAUUGAGUUUCGUUUUGAAAAAAGGAGCUGCAGCUGCAAAGGAAACUAUUCUUGAAGCACAGCAGAUGGCUGUGGAACAACACAAUGUUGAAUUCAAAAGUAAUCUGUGGGUUGCUGAAUCCUUUGUUGGCAAAGGUAUGGUGUACAAGGGUCUUCGAAGACAUGCCAAAGGGCGUCCAGGUAUGGUACACUACAGGUACUGUCAUUAUUACGUUAGAUUGGAAGAGGGAAAACCACCUGAAAAUUAUUAUCUUCCGGCACCCAAAAGCAAGCAAGAAAUGCUCGAUGACUGGCUAACACAAAUGAGACAGCGCAAGAUCACGUCGUCUCUAUGAAUUCAAACGCAAAUUUAUCAUCAAUCAGUAUAGAACCUAUGUAAUUCGUAAUAAUAAAGAAAAUUUCUUUACACUGA